AGUACCUACCCUACCCUACCCUGCCAGCUUCAACGUCCUUUCCAUGUUCCAUGAUCCAUCUGCCUCGCCUGCGGCCUGGCCUGCUUGCCCAUGCCCAUGCCCAUGCCCAUGCCCAUGCCCAUGUCAUGGAUGUGAGGCAGGGCAUCGCCCAGCCAGAAUGACGAGACCCUCAAUCUUCCAAUCUUCGAACCCAACUUCCUUGCCAUACCUGACUUUUGCACGCACUUUGCUACUGUAAUUUACUGUACCGAUUCCAUGACCCGAUCGAUAAGCUAAAUUAUAUUAUAUUACUUUAACUCCAUAACUUAUUCUGUUCUACUUAUAAUGCUAUCCACAUUUUCUGUUAUCAGUCGCGCUUGUCCUUCCUAGCCUGGCUCCCUUCCAUCUUUCCCGCACCCGCACUUAGUCCCUCCAACACAAAUUGGAUACUACUGGCCUGGACUGGACUGGACUGCUGGACUUUUAACUUUCUAGUCCACCACGGGAGCCAGCCAAAUUCUCUAACUACCUCCAUACCUAGUCCUUCAUCUCGCCAUAGAGUGAGUACCUUACAGUCCUUACAGCUGUCUCCUCAUUUCCUUCCCGCUCCCCUCUCCUCCACUCGCAGCGGAGUACCUGGUUGAGAUACAUCCCCCGUCGUCAUCGCCAUUGGGGUACUCUGGGGACAACACCACCUACAAUAUGUCGUUACCAACAUCGCAAUCCGGGUUUGGUUCUGCUCGGAGGAUGCGAGCUUCCUCUACAGGCUCGCAUUCCAGCCCAAGACUGAUUCCUGGCUCGUCUGAGCCCUCGCCAGAUGGAGCUUCAGACGUGAACUAUGGUUCUUUCCGGGGACGGCCAGACACACAGACUUCGCAGUUCUCUACGCUCAAUGCUGCCACAGCUUCUGGACAUCGAGAACCAACAAGGUCGUCUGUACAUCUCUCCUACCGAGGCGGCCCUCCAGUACACAUCGACAAUACAUUCACUGCUCGAAGUGUUCGCGAAGAUACUGCAGAAUUGGCGUCAUAUGCCCUUUCUGAUAGAGCGUCGGCAAGGAGCGUGUCCCCUCCCCGCCAGCGGCCGGCGCAGACGUCCCUCGAAUCAUACUUCAACCUAGGCACAGAGGACGAACGCUCUCCAGUGAGAAAUGCUGAAGGAUUGCACAACCAUAUCAUCGAAGAAGUAUCCGAGCCAGUGUCGCCGGAGAGCAGCCCGUCUUCGGUCAAAGCUCCUGGCACUUCUGCCCUUACAGACAUGCUGAAGCGAUCUCCUCCAAACACACCACCCAAAAGCAGCGAAGAAGGUGGGGAGGAUGCGGAGGGCCUGAAUGGAAACUGGGAUGAGGGAAGUCCGCGGCAACGCCAACCAGUUCUAACAUCAAAGGGUGUGGAUGCCGAACCGACGGAACGAACAUCACUGUUGGGAAAAGAUACGAGAUUCGAGGCUCAUCAUCCCGACUGGAUCCGCGGAGAGCAAGACGUUGAGAGACAGAGUGUUAAGCGGGCACCAGCAUGGCCAAAGCUACGGAACGUUGUAAUGUGGCCACGGGAGAAAGGAAUCGACGUUGCCCGUACGGUUCUCGAUCCGAGAGCGUGGGAUAGAAAAGCAAUUUGGCAGCACGCGGUAAAAGAACCCGUCGUGGCACUUCCGGCAGUCAUCCUUGGCAUUUUGCUCAAUAUUUUGGAUGCUCUAUCAUAUGGAAUGAUUCUGUUUCCUCUUGGGCAAGCCGUCUUCGCAAAGCUUGGCGCUGCUGGUAUAGCCAUGUUCUACGUAAGCUGUAUAGUAUCCCAAAUGGUAUACUCAUGCGGUGGCAGUAAGUUUAAAGGUGGAGUCGGGUCUGAGAUGAUCGAAGUCGUACCAUUCUUCCACAAGAUGGCUUUCCUGAUUCUGAAUCGUGUUGGAGAAGAAAAUCCGACAGCUGUCAUUGCUACGACAAUAAUAUCUUACGCACUGAGCAGUGUUCUCACUGGAUUGAUCUUCUUCCUGAUGGGGUCGUUCGGAUUCGGAUAUAUCGUUGGCUUCAUCCCGAGACAUAUCCUCAUCGGAUGCAUCGGUGGUGUGGGUCUUUUCUUACUCAUGACAGGUUUGGAGGUUUGUGCUGGGCUAAAUGGGAACCUCAAUCUCGACCUCAUUACAUUAAAGAAGCUGUUUGAGCCUGAAACGUUUCUUCUGUGGAUAAUUCCGCUUGCUUUGGCCAUCAUACUCUUUGCCGCGCAGCACAGAUAUGACUCGAAGUAUCUGCUUCCCAUAUACAUUCUUUGCAUACCAGCGGUCUUCUACUUUUUCGUUUUCUCUACAGAUCAGCUAAACGUGGAGGAUCUAACAAAAAGUGGAUGGAUUUUCGAGGGACCAGAAGCUGGAGAGCCCUGGUGGUACUUUUACACGCUAUACGACUUCAAACUCGUUCACUGGGGUGCUGUUGCAGAGACUAUUCCAUCCAUGUUAGCCCUGACCUUUUUCGGUGUCCUCCAUGUACCGAUCAACGUACCAUCUCUCGGGUUUAAGCUCGGUAUAGAUGAUGUUGACCUUGAUCGAGAAUUGAUGGCUCACGGCGUGUCAAACGCCUUGUCGGGAUUCGCAGGCAGCAUUCAGAAUUAUCUUGUCUAUACCAACAGUGUUCUCUUCAUCAACUCUGGUGGAGAUAAUCGGAUGGCAGGUGUCAUGCUUGCCCUCGGUACUGCUGGAGUGAUGGCAAUUGGCCCUGGAAUCAUUGGAUAUAUCCCAGUCAUGAUGGUCGGUACACUCAUCUUCGUACUUGGCCUUGAACUUGUAAAAGAGGCUCUAUGGGUUCCGUUUAAGAAGCUUAAGUCUCUCGAGUAUUUUACAGUUGUUGUGAUUGUUUUUGCAAUGGGUCUUUAUGACUUUGUUGCUGGCAUCGCUAUCGGAAUUGGGCUUGCUUUCUGCUCUUUGAUCUUCCAGACAUCUACCGUCCCGGCUGUCAGGGCCUCCUAUUCAGGCGAAGUCGCAGGAUCUACAGUUCGCAGAAAUCCAACACAGUACCGCUAUCUACGAGACGUAGGACAACAGAUUCAUGUUACUAAAUUGGCGGGAUACCUAUUCUUUGGCACCAUUGUCAGCGUAGAAGACAGAAUCAAGGCCUUGAUUGAAGAGGAGGCAUUCCACCGACGCCCUAUUCGAUUCCUCAUAUUCGACCUCGCCCACGUUACCGGGGUUGACUACUCUGCUGCUGAGGCCUUCAAUAGGCUCAGUCGGAUCUUGGGCCUGAAGGGAGUUACAUUACUCAUGAGCGGCGUGCGGGAUGAGAGUGCAAUCGGUAAAGGUCUCAGAGCUACUGGGGUCGGAGACGGUGCGAAUGAAGUCAAGAUGUUUGAGGACCUUAACUCUGCGCUCGAGAGCUGCGAGAACGAACUUCUCAAAACUUUUUACGCUAGCAGAGAUGCGCGCGCCAUUCGCAAUGCCCCAACACCACAUAUUGACGCUCCUACCAGGCCACGAAGUACUUCACAUACUUUCGACACCCAGUUCAGCUCACCACGUCGAAACCAGCUCCACCGUGCCGCCACUACGACACUGGACGAUACUCCGGGUGAAUCGCGAUAUUUGAACUUCAAAGAGCCACUACGUCUGAUUUUGCAGACAUUUCAAGGAUUGACCGACAAGAACGAAGACUUUUGGUUCCAGAGUCUACCCUUCUUCGUCAAGAAACAGUAUGCCGCCGGCACGAUCCUUUAUGAACGUGGCGAGCAAGCGAAGGGCUUCUACCUCCUCGAAGACGGUAUCUUGAGGGCAGAUUACGAGCUGCCCCAGGGCCGCUACUUCGAAAGCAUCGUCGCAGGCACUACCUGCGGCGAGCUCCCAUUCUUCUCAGAAACCGACAGAACAGCAACUGUCCAAGCCGAACGCGACUGUGUCACCUGGCUCAUGGACAGAGACAACUGGGAAAAGCUGCAAAAGACUGAGCCUGCAGUCGCGCAAGAGCUGCUGCGAAUUUCGCUCAAGCUUACGAGCGAGAGAAUGAGCGCCAUCACGUCGUAUGUAUUAACAACUGCUGGCUGAUUGCGAGAAUGUAUAUAAUGUGUCUAUAAUAUAAGUGGUUGCGCGGGGAAAAUGCAUGAGGGCAGACAUGGGUUGCUGUCCUCCGUUGGAGGUCAAUCUGAUAUUGUAUAGCAUUGCGAGGAGUCUCGGAUAUGGUAUGAAAAAAGUGUCUGUCCUUGUAUAAUCAUUAGCUGUGUGCAUGGCAUGGCGAACAUGGAAAUUGAAUAGUCAGCAAUGGAAUCAUUUCCAAGCUUACACUCAGCGGGUCCCAGAAUACCAAGUUAAACAAUUGAAGUUCCGUUUCGUUUUACAAGUCCACUUCUCGGAGAAUUCACCCGGUGAGCCCGCCGACUUGCCAUCCAAGGCUCUCUGCUCGCUUCGAGCCUGGGUUCAUUCACAAGUAUGCGGCUCAGGAUCAUAUGGAGAAGGGAUAGAAGCCAUGAGCGUGUAGCUGCUUUGAGAUAUAUUUUGUUGGACUGUCUCAAGCAUAAGUGUAUGCUGCAACAGGUUGUGAGUGAGAAGUUGUCAUGCAGUGACGAGAACGGAGAGCUGGAGUUAGUGGAGCCAAUAGAAGUAGGCAUUUGGCUCUGCACGAAUCAAUCUCCGAGGGAAUAUAAAUCUGGGUACAUAAGCACGGCAGUAAAGCCCAUUCGUCUUUUUGAGAAGCAAAGUACUCCUGUAUCGCUUUGGGAUUGAGCAGCGCUUCUGCUCUCAUCAUCUCCACCACAUUCCACCAACUGCAUCAGCCCUCUACAAAAGAGUUGACCUUUUUAUAACUAAAUUCAUAGUAGAGCCAAAGCGAAUCAACCAAAACUUCGAGACUAUUGCAGAUAGCUCUCCCAACUUAUGGUCUGCGAACCCCGAGGCUCAAUUCUUGAAAGAUGUGCUGAUUUAGGUGGGAUCUGGGAUGGUGGGUAUUUGAAGGCGAAGAAGGACAUUUUCUGCAAAGACAGAUAAGUAGUCUAGGGUCGAUUUGAUGCGACACUUUUUUCUUUUUCAAAUGGUGAUCAUCUGGGGUUCUCAGAUUCUGUGUCUGAUAUUCGACGAGAUGUAUUUGAUAUGGACGAGCGAAGACUUCGUGGGGACUUCAUUUCGAAUUGGGUCGAGUUGAGAAAGGAGCAGAACAUAUGUAGUGUAAAUUAUUGACUCAAAUCCACACAAGUAUGACAAAAAUGGCGUCCUGGUGCCGUAGACUAUAUCCCAAGAAGUAUUUGGGGAUAGACCUAUUGCUAUCUCAAGAAUAGGACGAUGGGAACGGAGAGACAUCAUUCCUCCAAAGUAACAACCAAAAGAACUAUUUCAUGAAUUGUCAUUAAGCAUGCACAAACUUUUGUGUACAAUAAAGCAUCCGCAUUACCUUUUUAUAUCUAUGACGGCGCAGCUCCCUUCCAGUACCUGCUCGGCACGAACGGCAUUUUCGUAACCUUCGCCUUUCGCUUCUUGCCUCGAACAACAACCUCCACAUCUGUACCAGACUUGUGGAGACCAUCCUUGAUAUACCCCAUGGCGACAUUCUUUCCCAAGGUCGGACUUGGACAUCCACUCGUGAUGUUGCCGAUCUUCUCUCCUUUCUCAUUGACAAUCUCAGCUCCCUCUCUGGCCGGGGCACCCUCGACAAUCAAGCCGAUUCUCCUCCUCUCGACACCAGCGCCACCUUUGCUCUUGGGUUUCAGUUGACCGAGGAUGAUAUCCGAGCCGUGGAAUCCUCCAGACUCUCUCCUGUCCUUCCCAAUAAUCCAGCUAAGUGCCGCCUCGACAGGCGUAGUGGAGUCGUCCAGAUCAUGGCCGUAAAGGCACAUGCCAGCCUCCAAUCUCAAACUAUCUCUAGCUCCCAACCCAGCGAGUUGAAGUUGUUCCGGGCCAGCACUCUGCAGUAGAGUCUCUGUAACAAUAACAGCCUCUGAUUCCGGAAUAGAGAUCUCAAAACCAUCCUCGCCAGUAUAGCCACCUCUACUCACCAACAACGGACUCGAGAUCUCCCCGUUCAACAGCUUGAUCUUGAUGAACUUGCUUGAACCAAAAUACAUCUCCUUCAACUCAUUCUCUGUAGGCUCAACCAUCAAUCUCCCCAGGAUACUUGCACUUAGCGGUCCCUGUAGAGCAACCAACCCC